GGACACAUUUUCGCUAAACUGACUACUGUGAGUGACUUACCGAUAUUACAGAGAAACAUACUCCCUUCUCCUCUUCCUUCUGUCCAUCAUGGCGUCUGGAGCGCUGUUUCCCAGUCUGGUGUCUGGGUCGCGGGGGUCGUCCAGUAAAUACUUGGUAGAGUUCAGGGCGGGGAAGAUGACGAUGAAGGGCAGCACGGUGACCCCCGACAAACGUAAAGGCCAAGUCUACAUCCAACAAACUGAUGACUCUCUCAUCCACUUCUGCUGGAAGGACCGGACCACUGGCAACGUGGACGAUGACCUGAUCAUCUUUCCUGAUGACUGUGAGUUUAAAAGGGUGAACCAGUGUACCACUGGACGAGUCUAUGUGCUCAAGUUUAAGGCAGGAUCCAAGAGACUCUUCUUUUGGAUGCAGGAGCCCAGCACAGAUAAGGAUGAGGAGUUUUGCCGUAAAGUGAAUGAGUAUCUAAAUAACCCUCCUAUGCCUGGAGCUCUGGGCAGUGGUGGAGGAGGUGGACACGACCUGUCUGCUCUGGGCGGGGAGGGCGGCCUGCAAAGCCUUCUGGGAAACAUGAGCCACAAUCAGCUCAUGCAGCUCAUCGGACCCACUGGACUUGGAGGCAUUGGAGGUCUUGGGGCGUUAGCUGGUCCAGGACUGGCCAACCUUCUCGGCAGCAGCAGCGUUCCAGCUGCCAGUAAUUCCUCCACAAGCCCCUCCACCGCUGUGACUCCGACCUCCAGCUCUACUGUGAGUCGUCUGGGCUCAUCUCAGGUGCCCACCACGCCCAUCACCCCAUCAGCAACCACAGCCUCCUCCCCUCCAGCCUCCUCCCCCUCCACCCCCGCGGCACCUCCCCUCACAGCACCGGCUUCCGGCACUCAACCUAUACAGCUACGGGACCUGCAGAGUAUCUUAGCAACCAUGAAUGUCCCAGCUACUGCACAGGGAGUGGACUUGGCCAGUGUUUUGACCCCAGAGGUGAUGGCUCCACUCCUGUCGGACCCGGAGGUGCAGCAGAGGCUUCUGCCGCACCUGCCGUGUGGAGAGUCUCUGCCCCAGAGCCCAGAGGAGCUGCACAACACCCUCACCUCUCCACAGUUUCAGCAGGCUUUGAGCAUGUUCAGCAGUGCUCUGGCAUCAGGGCAGCUGGGGCCUUUAAUGAAUCAGUUUGGUUUACCCCCGGAGGCCGUGGAAGCAGCCAACAAAGGAGAUUUGGAGGCAUUUGCAAAAGCAAUGGAAACAGAGACCAAGUCCGACCAGGAGGUAUUCAGCAAAGACAAGAAAGACGAUGAUGAAGACAUGAGUUUGGAUUAGGAAUAAAUAUAGUUAAACAAAGAUGUAACAAUAUUGGCAAAGUCAAACGUCUCACAAAAUCUAUGAAAUUUUAAAUACAGAUGCAUUUCCUGUGGUGAGUUGAAAUAGACAAUGGUCUGCUCCUUUUCAAUGAAGUUAAACAAAAGUACUAUGUAGGUAGGCAUAUGAUAAUGAUCCAAAAAACAAAAAAAACAUCAUUCCAUUAAAUUCCAUUAAAGUGUGGGGUUAAAGAUGCACUAUGUCACUUUCCUGGUGUCUGCUACCUUGGCUCCAUGGAGAUGAUACUGCUUUGGUUGGAAUGACAUUUUUGCAUUUAUUCAAUUAAAUUAAUAAGAAAAUAUUUCAUGUGACAUGCAUUCUUACUUUAAUUGGCUCAACUCCACAGAUCUGACCUGUAACUUGGCCUGCUGUUUAAAUUUAAUGCGCUGAACAUUUCAGGCACAUCCCCAUGGAGACGAGCACAAGAUGUUACAAUGUGCACCUUUAAUAUCACUACACAAACAGUAAAAUGUCAAUAUUGUUAGAUCCCAAUGUCUAAGAUAUAAUUUAUUUAUUAAUUGUGACUGCUUCCUGUACAGAUUAUUUAUUUAUAUGACAAAGAUGUCACAGCUCAGAGCUCUGAUAGCGUUGUGCAAUUAUACUUCAAUGCAUGUCAGCCGUGGUCUUAUCUGUUCUACCACAAAGGAAAAUAUUAAUAAACAAAAGUAUCCUGAUUGGUGUUUGAAUUGGCCCUCUAUAUCUAUUACUAACACUGGGUAAAUUUACCUGUCCAGUAUAAAUCAGUAACUAGAAUAAUCUGAUAACACAUUGAUUAGAUCUGGGUUUUGGUGUUUGUUGCACAUGCACUAGAGAAAACUGAUAAUCAAAAACCCGGUGACAUGGGUCAGUUAAUUGAUGGAUUUUAGAGUAACUAUUGUAUUUUGAAAACAAAGUGUAAUAGAUUUUUAAAUAACUCUUUCAGACUUUAAUAUUUCCUUUAAUUUUUGUCUUUGUCACGUAUGUUUUGUAUAAUUUUCCUUGUUAAAACCUGACAUGAACAACAUAAAGAAAUCAGAUUACUCUUUUCAGAUGGAACUGUUAACGUGACAUUUCAAUGAUCUGUUAACUCCAGAAAUCAGAUGAUCAGAUUUUUGGUGUCCGUGUUAACAUAACCAAUCUAAGUAAAAUUACCACAGCAAAGUAUAUAGGAUCUUUUUAUGGUGAAAUAAUAAGCCACAAAUAAUGUUUA